ACGUUAACAACACAACAUGCCUUGAUUUAUGGUGAAGAAAAUUCGCCACAAAACCCUCAUACACAGAUCUUGAUCGCAUCAACAAUCAACCCCUUUCCUACCCAAUUCCACCAUCUUCUUCACCUCAAUCAAUGUCAAACCAACUGAGAGCCGUAACCCUAACCCACGUUCGCUACCACAAAGGCGACCAAUUCGGCCACUUUCUCGCAUGGAUCUCACUAGUCCCAGUGUUCAUCAGCCUCGGUGGUUUCGUCUCCCACUUCCUCUUCCGCCGUGAGCUCCAAGGUAUGUUCUUCGCUUUAGGCCUAACCAUUUCCCAAUUCAUCAACGAAGUUAUCAAAACUUCCGUACAACAAGCCCGGCCCGAAACCUGCAUCUUGCUUGAGAGUUGCGAUUCACACGGGUGGCCCUCAAGUCACUCGCAGUACAUGUUCUUUUUCGCUACUUAUUUCACUUUACUCACUUACAAAAAGAUGGGGGUUUUGUUUAGAAAACAGAUGCUUCUUGUGGCUUUUGUUGUGUGGCCCUUGGCGGUGUUGACGAUGUAUUCUCGGGUUUAUUUGGGGUAUCAUACGGUUGCUCAGGUGUUUGCGGGUGCGGGUCUUGGGGUUUUUCUUGGUGGGGUGUGGUUUUGGGUGGUUAAUAAUUUGUUACGGGGGUUGUUUCCGGUGAUCGAAGAGAGUUUCUUUGGUAGAUUGUUUUAUGUUAAGGAUACGUCGCAUAUACCGAAUUUGUUGAAGUUUGAGUAUGAUAAUGCGAGAGCUGCGCGAAGGCAUUCGUCGUAUAAGCGGUCGGAGUGAUUGGAGGAUUGAAUUUGGUAGUCAUGUUGCAGUUUGCUGUUGAUCUGCAAGAAUUGAAUUCCUAUAUAUUUCGUCUUACAAUUGAUAAAAACUUAUAUGUAUUGUUUGAUGCCAUUAACACCAGGUGAUCAUAGUAUGGCUUAAUAGGAACUUAUUGUUAUCUUUUACAUAUAAACUUUCAGGCAAGUGCAAAAUAUAAUAGAACAAUUAUACCCCAUAUAUUUUGCUAC